GAGCGCCCCUCGCAAACUUGUGGAUAGGAGAUUGAUUAAACUAACUCCUCACAGGUGUUUUGGAACCGACAUACCCAGAGUAAGCUAGUUUGGGGGUUAAUCAACCAAGAGUUCAAGGCUUAUCUGACGAUCCAGAGAUCAAAACUGAACAAAGCACUGCUGUGACAAGGAUCAUUGUGAAACAGACUUUAUCAGCAUUCUGUGCGUGAUGGAUGAAAAAGACGAAGAUAUAGACACGUUUGACCCCAGUCUUCCUGAGGAGGGUCCGUCGGCUCCGCCCCCAGGCUGGCUGGACAGUGUCUCGGGAUACGAAGAGCAUAACGGUGGAGACUGUACAGAUCAGAUCUGUCCUCCUCCACCAGACUUUGCCCCUAAGCCUGAAAAUGACAGGAAUGCCUCAGUCCCAAAUGUCAUGGUUCCCACUGUCUCAGAGGAUGUAGCGAGAGACGCUCUACUCCAGUUUGUGGGUAAAAAAUGGACAUACAGCAGCAAACCUGCCAAAAAUCUGAUAUUCAAAGAACUGAAGCCAUUUACAGUUUACCGUUACCGCUUGGAAACAUUUACCGAGUCCAGAUCAAGUGCUUGGGGAUCGGAGCCGCACACAGGUCAGUGUGUGGAUGGGCCUCAGAAUGGAGUGAGUCCUCCACCGUGGCUCAUCCAGGUGUCUUACCCACCCAAAUUCACUGACGCCGUUCAGAAAGUCAGGGUCCCACAUUCUUCAUUCAUAAAGCCGUGCCACUGCUGUCAUGGUAACGGCAAAGUGAGGUGUACACACUGUCGUGGAAUAGGACUGACUCGCUGUAUGUUCUGUCACGGCACUGGUCACAGUCGCAACCGACGCUGCACAACCUGCCACGGAAGGGGAAAGAAAAGGUGUGUGGCUUGUCAUGGAACGGGUGACAAAGGCUGUCUCACGUGUAACGGCUACAGAAACCUUGUGCAUUUCAUACAGCUCACUGUUACAUGGAAGAACCAGGUAUUUGAGUUUAUACCUGACCGGGUGCCUGAAUUGCCGCUGAAGAAGUUUGAGAAGGUGUCUGGGGAGGCAUUCUUCGUAGAUGAAAGCCUCCUGGUUUAUCCGAUAGAGGGCUUCCCUGACCAGGACAUCUGUGACGCCUCAAAAACAGCCAACCAGAACCACCUGCUAAAAUAUUCCGCUGUGAGUCGCAUCCUGCAGCAGCGUCAGUCGAUCGAGCUGGUUCCUCUCACUCAUGUAUAUUACGCCUACAGUGGGAAAGACUACAAUUACUUUGUUUUUGGGAGAGAAAACAAGGUUCACAUUACAAAAUACCCCACUUCCUGCAGCAUUUUGUAGUAACUCUCUUUGCUUUGUGUCUUGUCCAAAAUCAUUUUACAAUAGUUUUUCAUAACAUGUAAAUUGCACUAUACAGUAGGCCUAUAACUAUUUAUAUUUUAAUAUAUUUAUUAACUGAGAAAAAAAUAUUAAAUUCUUAGUGGACUAAUGAAGGUAUAUAUAUAUAUAUCUUCGUUCAUAUACGCAUAUUACAGCAUGUUUAAAAAAUGUGCUUCAUAUACAGUAUAUAUAUAUAUAUAUAUAUAUACAUAAUUAAAAUUAUUUUUGAGUAC